AGCUAAAGUGCACUGAAAGUGUUGUUCAACAUUACCGGAAUGGAAAUUGCAUGUGGGAUGCUGGUUUGGGGUGGAUUUGGUGCGUGAAAAAGUGGAGUGAAAAGUGGAGGAAAAGUUCGCGACGGCCACCAGCCAGCAGCAGGAGCCCGAGUUGAAAAAGAUGAACGAUGCGCUUCCCCUCUUGUCCCCGCACCCAGUAGUUCCCUUCGUGUUGCUGUUUUGCAUCAUCGUUCUCGGCUGACUCGACCGCUCUGCUAAAGUACUAUACUCUGUGGAGGAGGUGCUUCUUGCUCCGGUGGCAUAGCCUGGGUGCGCUUUGCAACCCCUCUUGAGUGCAUUAUUCUUCGUUGAACUUUGUCGGGUGUAGUUUAUUUUGUAUGAAAAUUUCUCUGUUGAAUCAAAUGUUUUUGUUUUGGUUUGGAUAUUCUUGCGUGGCACGAACUGAUGGGUGGCUUUAAAGUCUGGCAGUAUGGAAGAGAUUUGGUCCAGAUGUUAACCGUACUUAUAUAUUGAACCGGGCAAGGGUGCAUCAUAACUGAAAUCUGCGACCGAGGAAACCAGUCGGCUGAAAAUCGACACCAGGGUGGCACGAUGAAUUCCCAUCACAUAACGGAAGCCGCCCUCAAUCGGUACGAGUCCGACAAGCGCGCUUGGGAGGACGCCAUCAGGGCCUACAGUGGGGCGGAUUCGUUGGACAUUUGGUUCAACUAUAUUUGCUGGUUGGAGCAGCACAAAGUGUUCGACAAGGACGGCGGCUUCAGGAAGAUUUUGGAACAGUGCUUGUCGAACUUUGAAAACUUCGAAAAUUACAAGCAGGAUGUGCGGAUGGUGAAACUAUGGAUGAAAUUUAUUGACAUGCAGGCAAAUCCUUUGAACUUGUACCAAUUCCUGUAUAAAAAGAAUGUUGGAACACAAUGCGCCUGUUUCUACAUUGGGUGGGCGCACUAUUACGAUGCUGCUAAUGCAUUCAAACAGGCUGAAUCAAUCUACAAUCUGGGCAUCCAGGUUAAAGCGCAACCCAUGGAGGAACUUCAGGAAGCUCAGAACAAAUUCCGGCUAUCUAUAGCACAAAGGAUGUUGUACAACGAUGCCUCGUCAAAGAAAAGAUCAGCGAAUACGUUGGUGGAGCAGAGGCAGCAGAUAACUUCGCUGAGUCCGCCUCAGAAAAAGAUGAAAACCGAAAAUGGGGAAUAUUAUACACAACAGCAACAGCAGCAGCAGCAGCAGCAGCAGCAGCAGCAGCAGCAGCAUCAACAACAACAGCAACAGCAGCAACAUCCACAUCAGCAUCAUCCCCAGCAGCAAACACAGAACCAUAUCCAAACAACUGCACAGCCCCAUCAACAUCAUCCCCAAUCUCAGGCUCAACAUCAUCCGCAACCACAACACCAGCAACAUUAUAAUCAUGCAGGAUACUAUCAACAACAACAACAACAACAUCAGCAACAAUCGACACCUGUUCCAGCUCCUGCUCCUGCUACAAUAACAGCUGAGCAGUACUAUCAGCAAGACAAACAAAAUUCCACUUACUAUCAGAGUAAUCACAAUCAUUAUACUCAGCAUCAACAUCUUCAGCAACAGAUUCACCAAUCGCAUCAAGCGCCAACCCCUGUUUCAGUACAAUCAACAGUUGUGCAACAAACCCAUCCAAUAGCACAACAGCUUACUGCUCCUCAACGACAAUUACAACCCCAACAACAACCACCACACCCGCAAGCACCUGUGGCCACACAAACGCGGCCACCAGCUAUUCAGCCUGUACAAAUCCCGCCGCCGAUUCCAGUGGUGCAGCCGCCUCCUCAACCUCAGCCUCAGCCGCAUGUUUCUCCCCAACCGGUCGCUCAAAAAAUUGCACCUGCACCAGCUCAACAGCCCCAGCCCCUUGUCCAAACCCCUGCUCAACAAACUGUGCAAUCUCGUCCUGCCGAGUAUAGGUCGGUCAUAAUCGAAAACUACGCCCUUGGAAACGAAAGCAUGAUUGAAUGCAAUCUAAACAAUUCAGCUUAUGUUAUAUCGUCUUCUUUAAAUUACGUGUACGAUGAUGCGAAUAUGACCGGCUACACACUGGAAGAGCAACCCGAGGAAAAAGUUGAUACCGAACCUACCGGUAUUCGGUUGCCGGAAAAUUUCGUUCGUGAAGCACGGUCCAAUCAUGAACGAUGGGACGUUCCACUGUGCUUGGAGGAACCAUACGAAGCCAAUCGCAAGUGUUGCUAUCCAAAGGCGUUUGUAUAUCCGGAUCUUCACACUGGUAGGCCCACGAUGGAAUUUUCGCUGGAGGAAAUCCGCGCACGGAAGUGGUAUCGACGGAAAGAAGAGUUGGAAGAGCAAAAAAAGAUAAAGCAACAACAGCUAGAAGCGGAAAAACUACGUCAAGAGCGGCAACGACAGAUGCAACUGCAGUAUCAGCAGCAACAACAACAGCAGCAACAACAACAACAGCAGCAACAACAACAACAGCAGCAACAACAACAACAACAACAACAACAAGUAAAUUAUGCUCAGGCACAGCAGCAUCCAGGAGCAGCUCAACGGAACUAUCCGCUGUCUAAUCAGUAUCAAUCGAUUACGUUUCAACAAGCAGUUCAAUCGCUGCCUCAGUAUCAACAGCCUUCGAGGCAAAUUGCUGCUGUUCCUGCCCCACCUCAGCCAGUAUCUACAAUACAACACGCAAACCACUAUUAUCAAUCCCAGCAGCAACAUCAUCAUCCAGCUAAUCCUCCAGCUCCAUCCCAAUCCGUGCAACAUUCACCGGUACAGACGAACCCACAGCCUCUCGCACAAAGCAAUUAUCCUCCCUAUCGUCAUCCAUAUCCUCCACAACAGCCGCAACAUCAACAGCCUCAACAGAGCCAAUAUCAAUCGCCGGUGGCAACUCCAGUCAUUCAACACGCUGUUCAACAUCAGGCUCCGUCAACGAAUCAACCCGGGGCUGCAUAUCAACCACAAGGGGCUUAUCAAAACAGUCAUUAUGGAACUUACAAUCAGCCAAACUAUUCUCACAAUCAACCGGUUCACCAGGCGUCUCCUAUCCAUGCACAGUCUCCUCACCAUUACGCUCAACAUCCACAGCCCCACCCCCAGCAUCAUCAUCUUCAGCAGCAACAUCUCUCACAACCUCCUACACAACAAGCGCCACCUUUGGCGCAUCCACCAUCCGCCCAAACCAGACCUCAAACACCUGUCCAACAACAACAACAACAACCCACGUAUCAAAAACCCGCCAUCCAACCCACACCCCCUGCACCAAAACCCGUAACACCUAAUAUUCAACCCCCGGCAAAACAAGUUCCACCAACACCACCCAUCCAACGACCACGUAUCAUUCAUCGCCCAAAGAAGCUUCAACCGCCCAAAGAGCUCCCACAACCUGAGAUACGUGCACCGGCUCCUCCUGUUGCAGUUAAGCCGCCCCCUGUCAAUGUUCGCAACAACGAAUUCAACAGCUGCGACGAUUUCGAAGAACAAAUUGAAGCCUCCACAAUCCGAUUUUCAACAUCAGCAGAGAACGGAACCAGCAAAAGCAAAACCAUCACUAUUAAGUUCAAGAAAGAGAAGUCUUUGGCGCCUAGUCCUGUAAACGUUCCCAUUCUUAAUCAACAGCCAAAACCAAUCGCUACCAGCUCUACGAGCAUAGCGUCCAAUCACGAAUCCAAUCACAAACCCAAGAAAGUGCCUUCUAUUGCAACAACAAGCAACAAUUCCGGCGGCUCCAUAUCACAACCGCAGCGUAAAAAUGCAUCAGUUACUCCGGUGGAUCGUUCGAAGACCAACAUCAAAAAGAGCAGCAAAUCAUCUCCAAACAAGACCAAACCAUCCUCCAAGUACGAUCCUGAUGCUACUGUCGUUCCGGCAAAUCGCGUAAAUGACGCCAACCUGCUACUCUCACUUUCGGGAGAAAACGACGACACAUCCCGGUCAUACGGUGCAUCUUCGCCGGAGGUUGUUAGCAAAAAGAACAAAAGCAAAUCCAAGGCUACGCGGUUUACCAACGACGAUGAUGACGAAGACGAUAUAUACGAUCGAGAAGAGGAUGACUGUCUGGACUCGGAGGAGGACGACUUCGAAGAUGACGAUGACGAAGAGGAAGAUUCGGAUGAAAACGAUUCUUCCUACCAAUCAAACUCGGAGUUCAACACCUCAUUCAGCAAUAUUUCUUUUGCGGGAGACAACAGUAACGGUGCGUUUAACUUCGGUGGCAGUUCCUGUUCUACUCCCAUGCGCCAAACCCAAACAUCUGGGGGUGUCUCGAAAACAUCCACCCCUAUUGGGUCGUUCCGGUAUCUGAAGAAACACGAAUCGAAUCUCUCGUUGGGUCAGAAUGAAGACUCGAUGAACUCAACCGUUGUGGAGAACAGCUACUUCCAGACGGAACAGGACGAAGAAGGGAAGCGGCGACGGAAGGAGAAAGCUUUGGCCAUUAUCGAUACUCACCUGGCCAAGCCGUUCCUGGAUCCGUUCAGUAGCGAACUGUGCAAAGCGUUCCUUACAAAAAUUGAUUUUCCCUCGAGGGAAAAUCGGGAUAAUUAUAAGGUUGUAAAUAGUAAUCUUCCCAAGCUGAUCAAAUCGCAAAAUGCAUCAUUAGGAGGAACAACGUACAGCGUGGAGAAGGAAGUUGGUCGGGGCUCGUACGGCUCUGUGUUCCGGGCGGUCAACACUUCUAACGGUGCGGUGGUUGCCAUCAAAUACCAGAAACCAGCCAACACGUGGGAGUUGUAUAUUUGUACAGAGGUUAAAAAACGGAUUAAAAAUUCGGAUAUUCUACCGGGAUUUAUGGAUAUCUGUUCGGCUGUGAUUGCACCGAAUGCUAGCGUUCUGGUGUCGGAAUUCUCGCAGUAUGGUUCUCUGCUUGAUAUUAAUAAUACGAUUCGUACUGCUACCACUAAGGUAAUGCACGAGUCGCUGGUUAUGCACUUUAGCAGCCAAAUCCUUUCUAUCGUGGAGUAUCUACACAAAUGCAAUAUUGUUCACGCCGACAUUAAGCCAGAUAAUUUCCUGCUAAUGCAAAUACCAACAGUCGAAUCGGACAUACCCACACUGCGGUUGAUAGAUUUUGGCUGUGCCAUCGAUAUGAAUUUCUUCGAAAAGAAUCGGCAAUUUAAAAAAGUUAUACAAACUGAUGGAUUCACAUGCGUCGAGAUGCAGGAAGGACGACCGUGGUCUUAUCAGACGGAUUUGUUCUGUGUGGCGGGAACGAUUCACGUGAUGUUGUUCGGCGAAUAUAUGCAGCUGACGAAGAAGUACGAUUCCGGUUGGGAUAUCAAACAGAAACUGCCAAGGUAUCUCAAGAAGCACGUCUGGACUGAAGUAUUCCAAAAGUUGUUAAACAUCAAGGACAUCCAUCACAUGCCCAAGUUGAGCGCUUUGAAGGAGCUUAUAGACGCCGAAGCGUUCAACAUGGAAUCGGAACUGGUAAAACACAUACGAACGUUGUCCAAUCUACUGAAGCGACGUUAGAUAUCCGGUCUUUGGUAAGUAUUUUCAGUUGGAUACAACAAGCCCGUUAGUGUUGCAUAGGCGCGGAAAUUGUAAAUAGUGAGCCAAAUACGAAGAUGAUGAAUCAAAAUAUUUAUACCAUGUAGUGUCUAUAUGAACAGGAUCAGACAAAUAGUAAUCCACUAGAAAUACAACAGAUGAGUGCUAGGAUAGAUCACAUUAGUGGGAUCCGGCGCGUUUAUCAAUCUACCUAGAUUAUGUAUCACGAUUGAUUGUGCAUAGAAGCUCUGCGAUUAUCGCUGGAGGUAUAUUUAUUCUUACCUUACAUCAAAAACACGUUAAUAAUCCUGAUAAGUGAUUGGAAAGUACUGACAAAAUUGUAAUCUUGGCAAUUGUAUAUUUUUUUGGAAUUGAGCAGGCACUUUAAAUAUUCGAUUACUACACAAGUAAGGUAGGCUGAACUAAGAUAAUAAGUCCGUAAACAUGUGCGCAGACCUUAUCAUUGUUUUUAGAAAAUUUAUACGGAAUUUCCUUUAACCCAAAGAACAUCUGUUUCAGAGAAGCAGCAUUCAACUUUCAUUUAUGUUUCACCUUAUACAAGCACAACAAUAAACUAAGCUUGUCUGAAAGAUUUGUGAUUUUCCGCUGCUAGCCUAAGUAUUGUGGAUUUAGUCAGAUUAGGGAACAGAAUAUAAUGGAAUUCGAAAUAGCAACAGAGGUAGAUUCAUUACGUUGUAGUUAUUUUUUUUCGCGGCAAAUAUCGUCAUAAGAAGGUAUUUAAACAUUAGGAAGGGAAAUAAUUUAGAAUUAUUGGAUAAAACUUUAAA